AUGCCCAUGAGGGCUGCGCCGAAGAUGCUGCCGACGGCGACACCGCCGAUGGCGCCGCGGGAGAGGUUGUCGGAUGCGGGGGGGAAGAGGGCGGGGGUGCCGGUCGGGGUCGGGGUUGCGGUUGGAGUUGGGAUGAAGGUGGGAGGGGGCGGGGAGGAGGUGGGAGAGCUGGAGGAUGAUGGGGAGGAUCUGGAGGUUGAGCUGGCGGGGUUUGAGGAAGAGGAUGAGGGUUUGGAAGAAGAAGAGGAAGGAAGAGGAGAAGAAGAAGAGGGGAGGAAGAAGACAAGUCGAAAGUGGAGGUGUAGUAUACAGGUACAGAAUAGGUUGUAG